AUGCAUGGCCAAGAUCUGCAACCUACACCGCUGGAUCCGCCUAGCAAACCCCAUCUAGAAAGCUCCUUCGGGCAAGUUGUUUUCAGUGCAUUCCCUCGACCUCCAUCAAUCUAUUUGCGCCCGGCGACGAUCAUUGGAUCUGGUCAGGGGUCCUUCCAAUUGGACGCAGAAAGUAUCAGUCGCUUAGAUCGUUUCUACCGUCGCACGGUCUACACAUUUGCCGGCAAUAACAACUAUGCGAUCUACCAGAACCAUGUUACUAGCAUUGCUAUCGAGGUAGGUCUUCGAUAUACAAUCCUUACCACUAUCAGCGGAUCUUUUCAUAUUGUCGUUACCGAUCCUGACAAUCAAUACCUACAGAACCCGUUCCUGAUGCAUGUUAUCCUGACAUUAACAGCAACGCAUGAUCGAAUUCUAUCGGCAUCAAAAGAUAACGCAAAGCGUUCUAUUGCAGAGGCAUAUCACUGGUCAAAAGGAGCUGCACUGCUCAACAAGAAGCUUUCGUCUCCAAUCCGGCCUGAGGAUCGCGAUGCUCUUUGGGCCGCCGCAGCCAUUCUCGGCCUCUUAAGCAUUGCCGAAAUUGAAGCAUCGACCCCAUGGGAAGCAUGGCCUCUUAAGCCUUCUGACUCGUCAGAUUUAGGUUGGUUGGACAUGUCUCACGGCAAAGAAGCAGUCUGGAAAGCAACGGAUCCAAUGCGGUCGGAUAGUAUCUUCCAUGCCAUGAGAGACGACUAUCGUACGCUUAUGGCCAGGCCACCACUGAGCGAAAUACACGAUAUGCCAAAGGAGCUCGUCGAGCUAUGUCAGCUAAACAAGACUAUGGAACCUACCCAAAGUCCUUACUUCACUGCUGUCUCUCUUCUGACUCGAUUGUGGCAUUUGAAAUGUACCCAAGCCACGAUGGCCAGGUAUAUGCAGUUCCUGGGCUUUAUGGACCCGGUAUUCAAGUCCUUGUUACACGAGAAAGACCCUCGUGCACUUUUGAUUCUCGCUCAUUGGUACGGGCCCAUGUGCGAGUCUCUGUGGUGGAUCGCCAGGCGGGCCAAAUUAGAAUGUCAAGCCAUUUGCUUGUACCUGGAGCUUUUCCAUCCUGAUGAAAAGGAUAUCCAGGUUUUGUUGGCACGGCCUAAGGAACAGUACUAUGAUUUCAUGGGCAAUGAAAUUCCUCGUAAAAGCAAACGAAAGGAGAGAAGCAUCAUGUCACGUGACCGGAGAAGGAUUACCCGACUGGUUGGUUCGUCACCGUCUCAGAGAAAUGACCAAAUCACGACGACGACCUUCACAUCACAAGAGUCAUUCAACCUGUCAACCAAAGCAGAGACAGAGAAUGUCAGCAGUGGUGUCAUGAGUGAGCGAGGUUCGGAGAUUGUGUUUCGGGCGGAGAACAUUCCGAUCCGCUUCUUUAAAGCAUGCCGGUGGUGUCGCAGGCAGAAAAUGCGCUGUGAUGCGCGUACACAAGUCCCAUGUUUCCGCUGUCGCUCGACUGGGCGCGACUGUAUUCUCGACCCCAUUGAAGACGCCAGACGGCGCAGUGAUCGCCGUAGGAAGACGACAACACCUGCGCGAUAUAGCGGCUCGGCAGUGACUUCUCCACUUGAUCAGCGAAGCGGCCUUCAAACACCUGUAUCAAGAGAGCAAGAGUACUCUCCGAUUACGGGAGGGGAUGCUAGUUUUGAUGCCUCGAUUGAUUCGUUGCCCGAUUCAUCAUCAUUUGGAGACUUGCGCAGGUCUCAAACGGCUGAUCAUCAUGGACCCGAAUCACAGCAUUUAAGUCCCAAUGACAUGAUUGCUCCAGCAUCAGCCGUUCACUCCAUGUCCGUAAAUCUCCUCGACAAUAACCAUAUCUUUCUAGAUAACUCGACUAAAGGCGAUGGAAGAGGGGAUAUCAUUGCUCGUGGUAUCGUGAGUGAAGAGAAUGCUAGAAUCAUGUAUGAAAGAUUUGUCGGCGGAAGCAAGAACUUUCUGCCACUAUUUGACCCAAUACGUGACACGUUCGACUCUAUCAGGUCACGUUCCUUGUUUUGUUUCACGGUGAUUAUCUAUCUUGCGAGUCGAGCCGUGAUGGAUUUACGCGGCGACACACACAUGCAGCGCGUAUUGCAAGACGAAUCGCAGAGACUAGCAGAAGACAGCUUUUUUGAACGUCCCACUAAGCUUGAAACUGUGCAAGCGAUGGUCCUUCUAGCUGCCUAUUCAGAGAAAACCUGGUUCUCAACCGCGCUCAUACUGCGCACGGCGUUAGACUCGGGAUUGGAGAAAUCGCUAGAUACACUGUUAUCUCAAGAAACUCUCCCUCGCAGUUCACUCUCUGCCUCCAUGGAAGAGCGCCAGCUAGUAUGGGAAACACGAACGUGGCUCAUUAGUUUCACGUUGGAGCUGGACGUUGCGUCUGGGACAGGUCGCAAAUCCCGUAUUGGGGAAGUGGAUGUCAUGAAGCUCCGAAGGUUUCUAGACUACCCCCUCUCCUUGCCUUGUGAUAUGCGAACAGUGUGUAUCAUUGAGCUUCAUCAACUUCGAGGCCACUCGCGCAUUGUCAUCGACAACUCAAGUUCAGUUCGGGAAAUAGUAUCAACAGAACUGCCAACAAUCAUGACGAAGCUACAGAACUGGUGGACUACUUGGGAUGAAAUUCACAACAGUAAGUCCUGGCCUACCCAUGUUAAAACCCCGGAAGAAACUUUGAGUAACACCGAACAAAAAGACAACGGCUUCCACGCUGGCGCUUUUCAACGAAGCAGUCUGAAGCUCAUGCUGCUUUACGCGAGGAUAUUUGUCCUUUGUGCCUCUUUGGCGAGAAUUCAAAAAUUACAGCCUGGUUCGUCCAACUUUGAAGCAGAGGGAAUCGACCAAAAUGUCAUGGGACUAUGGCAAUCUCUCGUUGCAACGAUUAUGGACCAGCUAGCAUUCUUAAUUGGCGAGCCAGCCUAUCGCUGCCAAUUCCCAUGGGCACCAACCUACCCUGCAUUGACAGUCGCCUUUGUUACUACUUUUGCACUUCGAAUCGCCCGUUGGCGUCCUAAUCUGAUCGAUCAAAGUCUCCUUCUGGAACGGGCCGAAAAGAUCUGCGACUUCCUGAAACAGCCACCAUAUCCGGAUAUCCACCGCACAGUCUCUAUCUUCGUGAACUACGCCCGUGCUCUCAUCGCUAGCCAACGUCCGCUCAGCAACGAUCGACAGAGUAACGACAGCACGGACGCAACCCACAUGUCCGAACAAGGCGAUGGGCCCGUGCCUUCAUACAGGGGUCCAGACAGUCCCAUGCAGAAUGCCCCUCCUUUGGCACCACUCGAGGAUCCUCGGUAUAGACCCGGCGCGGCCAUUCCGAGUGAUAAAGAUACAAACAUGGUUCCAAUGCCAGGUGGUGAUGCAGCUGCAACAACCAGACCGCCUCUCCCAAGGCUGCCUGACACAAUGGAUGCUCCAACCUGGACGGUGUCCAAUUCCAUCGCAGACUCGUUCGGUCUUUUCGAGGAAGUCAAAAACGUGCAAUGGCAGGAGGACCAGGCGUCGGCAGCACCCGUCAACAACCCGGACCCAGGCCGGCGCCAUAAGCAGCCUAGUUGCAACGAGGAGAUCGUGUCAGAUUCAAUCAGGCACACAUCAAGUACCACAAAAGAUGAAAAUUACACCCUUGUUGAUUUGGCCCCUGAAGGGAUAUUGGUCGAGUUCUCAGAAGACUCAUCCGCAGACCCCACCAAUUGGACGCUUAAAAAGAAAAUAUACAAUGCAGUUGUGGGGCUAUUUAUUGUGCUCAAUAGUGGCGUGUCAUCCUCCUUGCCUAGCAAUGCAGUCCCCACUAUAAUGCAGGACUUCGGUCUGUCAGGGGACGGCCAAAAGGUCUUACCAACGGCUAUCUUCUUGAUUGGAUAUUGUGUCGGACCCUUGGUCUGGAGUCCCUUGAGUGAGACAGUUGGAAGGAGACCCGUUCUUUUCUGGACCUUUACUGUCUUUGUUCUUGGGACACUUGGCUGUGCCGUUGCCCCGAAUUGGACAGCCCUGCUGAUCUUUCGUGUCAUCUGUGGUACUAUGGCUGCCGCCCCGCAGACUGUUUCUGGCGGAGUGUAUGCCGAUAUGUUCUCAGAUAUGCGGAGUCGUGGCCGCGCAAUGGCUUUGUAUAUGUCGGCUUCCAGCUUUGGACCAAUCAUUGGACCUAUUAUCUCUGGAUGUUCUGUCCGAUAUGGCUGGAGGUGGACCUUCCGUAUUGACUUGAUUCUCUGUGGUAUUACAUGGACAGCUCUUCUAUUCUUGUCAGAAACAUUUGCGCCCGUCUUACUGAAGAAGCAAGCUAAAAAGCUACGUAAAGAGACUGGACACAACAGUUAUUUUGCUCCACAAGAACUGAAAUCAGACGCGGCCUUUACUCUCGCUCAGACCAUCACGCGUCCACUCACAAUGCUUGUGUUUGAGCCCAUCAUUCUUUUCACUGCUAUCUAUGUGUCUCUGGCGUGGAGCAUGGUGUUCUUCUAUUUUCAAGCAUAUCCCAUCAUCUUCGAAGGAACAUAUGGUUUUGAUGUCGCAACGACUUCUCUCACAUACCUUCCAAUGGGCAUCGGCGCUGCAUCAUCCUGUCUCUUUGCUCUAUACUACGACAUGAUUUUUCAGAAAGCCAAGAAACUCGGGAAGCGCUGGGCCUCGGGUCCCGAAUAUCAACGACUUCCACUUUCUUGCACAGCUGGUCCUCUCCUAGCUAUCAGCAUGUUCUGGCUGGCCUGGUCGGCAAAACCGAGUAUCCACUGGAUCGUCCCUGUGCUUUCAGGGUUAAUCUUUGGACUCGCAUACCAGAUAACCUUCAUUUCACUUCUGACAUAUGUCACCGAUGCCUACAAAAUUUAUUCUGCUAGUGCACUCGCGUCCUCGGUCAUUAUGCGCAGUAUUGCGGGAGCGUUGUUCCCUCUCGCUGCUGAUCCGCUGUACGCCAAACUGGGUGUCCCAUGGGCAACCUCAAUACUUGGGUUCGCCAGUAUCGCGUGCAUCCCUAUUCCUUUUGCAUUGUUAUACUUUGGCCCGUCGAUCCGGAAGAGAAGUCCGUUCUGCCAACGAUUGGAGGAGGAGGAUAUGACUAAACAUUCAAGUGGAACGAGAACUCCCGACGAGGCUUAA